CUUUGGCUUCCGUCUCUCCCCAAUCUUACGAUCGGCAGUGCUUCCCCUUCACAGCCGCCGAUCCCUUCUCUUCCCACAGCCAUGGCUGCUUCUUCUUCAUCUUCCGGCAAGGUUGUCUCGAACUCCGACAACUCUUCUUCCAACAAUUCUCCUCAUCUAGCCUUCACAACCAUAUCAAAUAUUAAACUCCAUAUCCCCGUGCAACUUAGCCUUUUCGAACCAAAUUAUAAAAAAUGGAGUCGAUUGUUUCGACUCUUGAUUCUCCGAUUCAACCUCAAGGGAUUCAUCGACGGCACCACCAUCGCUUCUUCCGCUGACGACGCUGAAUGGUAUCAAUUUGAUGCCCUCAUUCAGGGGUGGAUCUUGUCCACCAUCACGGAUGAAGUUUCCGAUCUCGUCCUUGCCAACAAUCUCACCGCUCAUGCUCUUUGGACGGCCAUCUACACCCUCUUCCACGACAACAAGCACGCACGGGCAAUGCAAUUGGAGCAUCGUUUCCGCACCACUGUGAAAGGCAACCGCUCCAUAAACGACUAUUGUCGUCUCCUCAAAAAUCUCUCCGAAUACCUUGACGAUGUCGACGCACCAGUGACCGAACAUGCUCUCGUUCUUCAGCCUUACUCCUCGUCGAACAGCAGCAGCAGGACUCUCUCUACGACGCCGGAGCGCGGCCCACUGCCCUUCUCAGCAUUGGCAGUGGCAGCGGCUAUGGAGCAGGCGCACAGCAGCACGGACGGCCGGCGGACGGACGCGGCUACGGUGGACAAGGCCGGACUUCGGGCGGCGGCAGUGGCGGUGGCAACCGCGGCAGGGGCCGCGGUCGAGGACGUGGCAGCGGCGGACUCCAUCGGCAAUCACCAUCGGGACAAGCUACUGGACAAUUCCCCUCCCCCCAACCCGGUUUGUUAGGGUCUCAGCCCUAUCAACCCUACCCAAUUGCCCAGGCCCAUUUUACCCACAGCCCACUCUCCCCCUAUCCA